UUGACAUUAUAACAAAUUAGAAUAUUGGAUUUGUGUAGUAUAAAUACAGCUGCAAAAUAGGUUCCUAUCACAGACAAAUAUCUUGUGCAGUCGAACAAUGAAGUCUCUGAGUUUGUGUAUUUUUGUGGUAGCCGUUACGGUAUCAUCAGGCACACCAACCAUGAUGCUGGAUGGACCAGUCAAACGUGCUGCAGCAUACAAGCAACAAGGGCCACCAAUCACAACUAUUAUGCCAGUUGAAGCAAUGGAUAAGCAACAAGGAGGUAAACAGCAGGGACCACCAAUGACAACUAUUAUGCCAGUUGAUGGACCAGUCAAACGUGCUGCAGCAUACAAGCAACAAGGGCCACCAAUCACAACUAUUAUGCCAGUUGAUGCAAUGGAUAAGCAACAGGGAGGUAAACAGCAGGGACCACCAAUGACAACUAUUAUGCCAGUUGAUGGACCAGUCAAACGUGCUGCAGUAUACAAGCAACAAGGGCCACCAAUCACAACUAUUAUGCCAGUUGAAGCAAUGGAUAAGCAACAGGCAGGUAAACAGCAGGGACCACCAAUGACAACUAUUAUGCCAGUUGAUGGACCAGUCAAACGUGCUGCAGCAUACAAGCAACAAGGGCCACCAAUCACAACUAUUAUGCCAGUUGAUGCAAUGGUUAAGCAACAGGGAGGUAAACAGCAGGGACCACCAAUGACAACUAUUAUGCCAGUUGAUGGACCAGUCAAACGUGCUGCAGCAAACAAGCAACAAGGGCCACCAAUCACAACUAUUAUGCCAGUUGAAGCAAUGGAUAAGCAACAGGGAGGUAAACAGCAGGGACCACCAAUGACAACUAUUAUGCCAGUUGAUGGACCAGUCAAACGUGCUGCAGCAUACAAGCAACAAGGGCCACCAAUCACAACUAUUAUGCCAGUUGAAGCAAUGGAUAAGCAACAGGGAGGUAAACAGCAGGGACCACCAAUGACAACUAUUAUGCCAGUUGAAGCAAUGGAUAAGCAACAAGGGAUAUGUUGUAUAUAGUGUAAUAUAAUUCACUAUGUAGUAAUGAACAUAUAGCUGUGAACAUAUUUUCUUGAUCAAUGAAUAGGCUCCCUGAAUGGGAUUCGCUAUUAUGUUGAAUAGAAUGUAUAAAACCCAAAAAAUACAAUAAGUAAUGAAUAUUGUUCUUCAUUGAUGAACUUC